GCAUACAACACACACACCACCCCACUUGCCCCUCCUCUCACUCUGCUGGCUUCUUUUCUUCUCUCUUCUCUCCUUUAGCACUCAUACCCUCACCAUGGCAUCUGGAGAACAGCUUUCGAAAGACGUCUCAAACAUGUCUCUCCAGCAGGAUGUAGACAUCCAAAACCAAGUCUCUAAUCAGAGCAAUACACACACAGAGGAAUUUGAGCAAGAUGAAGACUACAGUGAUAUUCUGGGCGAGUCAGAAGAUGAUGAUGAGCUCGAUGCACCUCUACUAGCGACCGCAAACCCUAACGACUACACGAAAUCCUACAACCGCCAAGUCAAACUGAAUGACCCUUCCAUUCCAGCCGACCAGAAACCAAAGAGCAACCCCCAGAAACCUUCUGCAAACCUGACUGCCAGCGUCGACGAUCAGAUAUCUUCCCUAUCCAAACAUGCCACAAAGAUUAAGCUCGACGCAAGAGGUGGUGGAGGCGGCGGCGCAAGCGGACGAGACAAAUCGGAGAAAGACAAAAGUGAUCGCGCAACAAGCGAGCAAGUCCUCGACCCACGAACUCGCAUGCUACUCUUGAAGAUGAUCAAUCGAAAUGUCGUCUCCGAGAUCCACGGUUGCGUGUCCACCGGCAAAGAAGCGAACGUCUACCAUGCCCUCCAAUACCCCGAGCCCAGCACAGGUGAUAUAGAAAGCAGCGCAACGACAGACACACUGCCGCAGCACCGUGCAAUCAAGGUUUACAAAACAAGUAUACUCGUUUUCAAAGACCGGGACAAGUACGUCACGGGUGAGUACCGCUUCCGCUCCGGCUAUAAUAAGAGCAACAAUAGGCAAAUGGUCAAGGUGUGGGCAGAGAAAGAGAUGCGCAAUCUGCGCCGCUUGUACGCUGCGGGAAUUCCCUGCCCAGAGCCGUUGUAUCUGCGGCUACAUGUGCUCGUCAUGGGAUUCAUCGGUGACAAGAAAGGAUACCCGGCGCCACGGCUCAAGGAUGUGUCGUUUGCAGACCUCAGCGAGGACGAGCUUGAGGCAAAGUGGAUGGGAAUAUACAGACAACUGCUGAGCUACAUGCGCAUCAUGUAUCAGACAUGCCGCCUCGUGCACGCCGAUCUGAGCGAGUAUAAUUUACUGUACAACGCUGAUAAGCUGUACAUGAUCGAUGUCAGUCAGUCCGUGGAGCAUGAUCAUCCGCGCAGCCUCGAAUUUCUCCGCAUGGACGUCAAGAACGUGUCGAGCUACUUCCGCUCUCAGGGUGUGGAUACACUGCCCGAGCGCACUAUCUUCGAGUUCGUCACAAGCACGGAUACUAGUGUGGAACCAGCCGGGAUCCAAGAGACUCUGGAUGCGCUGUAUGGUGCGAGACUGGAGGCCGGAAACACGGACGAGCUCCGAGCGAAGGAGGAGGUUGACAACGAAGUCUUUCGUCAGCAAUAUAUUCCGCAAACGCUCGAUCAAGUAUACGACAUCGAGCGCGAUGCGGAGGCGAUCGGACAAGGGGGUGGUGAGGACCUGGUCUACCGACCUCUGCUUGCGGACAAAGUCGCUGCUGAUGGCGGUGUGAAGGUUGGCAGUGAGGAGAGCGAGGAUGGCAGUGAAGAGGACGGGAGUACGAGUGAGGAUGACGAAGAGUGGGUUGAGAAGGAGAAGGGCCAGCCUAGGGGGAAGAGGUUCGUGGACAAGGACACGAAGAAGGAGCAUAAAGCUGCGGUCAAGGAGGAGAAAAGGGAGAAGCGAAAGACGAAGAUUCCAAAGCAUGUGAAGAAGAGGAUGGUAGCGACAUCUUCGAAGAAAAAGUAGAGUAGAGUAGUAGGAAAACAACUUUCAGCCCAUGCUAACUACGUACUUGAUGGCUGUCAGUCCUGUUGCCACCAUAAUCGUUUGC